CUAUCGAGUUCAUAAGUUUAUGCAUUCUUGCAUAUGAGAUUAUUAUUAGUCUUCUUUCUUUACUAAGUACCUUAACCUUUUUAUUUCUCCUCUUUUUAUGUGAAAUAGUCACAUCUUGUAUCCUCCAAUUGAACUAGUAAGUUGCAUAAUUGAAGAUUAGAAUGCUCUUGUACUUCAACUGGGAUUUGUUUUGGUUGGAACUUUUUCCUUUUAGUUGUUGGAACUUGGAAAUGUGUUUUGGAGGUGGAAUAAUAUUAAUGGCUUGGAAAGUGAUAGUGCUAUAACAUACACUGUAUCCAGCUAAGAUUGUAUCGUCAAGAUUUAUUGAUCAAUUAAUUUCCUCUUAUUAUUAUCUCAAGCUUCUUGACCUCUUAUUGUAUGUAGUAUUGAAAUGCUUUAAGCUGUUCAUAGCUAAUUGUUUUAUUAAAAUCUAACUGCCCAAUCCUGACUGGCAUAAGUUAAACUAUUUCUGAAAGUACCAUGGGGAAGUCUACCCUAAGAAGUAAUCUGUGGUUGUCUAAUGUAAUGCAUGUCAAUUCAUAUCACUUAAGCGUUCCUAUUUUUCUCUUGAUUUUCCCGUAUCUAAUUUCCUUCUAACUUGUACUUUGUUUUCUUAAAAAUGUAGGGUAGACUUCCUCAUUUAGGUGAUAGUGUUGCUGUAUAUGGAUGACUCUAUGGUAGUUGCCAUCAUUGUGGUGUAACACCUAGCUGGAAAUGUGUUUUUGAAAUAGUAUCUUGCGAAGAAUUUUGUAUUAGAUUCUUGUUCAUGGUUGAUCUUGUUAUAGCUUCAAUUUGACCGCUAAUCCUGCAUCUAUUAUGUUCAGCAUGUGGCAGAGUGAGGACAACAUUACAAUUGUUACCUUGGUGCGCAAUUUUAAGUAGCAAGUUUCAUUUUACCCUUACCGAGUAAAAUUAGAUGUAAUUUAAUUGUUGUAUAUAUCGGUAAAAGAAAGGGAGAGUUCAAAUGAUUAAGUUAUUUCAAAUAUUCGAUGAGUUCGUGAUUUGCACAUAAAAAAUUAAGGUAUAUAGUGAAAAUGAAAAUUGAAUAUUUACAUAAUUAUUGAAAAACAUAACUACAGUUAGCAUCUUAAAAACCCUAUAAUUUAUAUUAGAUUGAAGGAGUACCUUGUGAAUUACUUCGCCAAAAAUAAGGCAGUCAUACUAACAAGAAUGGUUUUCAUCUGAGAACAAAAAUAUGUUCUCAGGAUUCUCGAAAUGACAUUUUAGAGACAACCUGUCCUCUUUCUUUUUUCGAUGGUUUUGCUUUGGUUCUGUAUGGGAUUGAUUUUAACUUCCCCGAAUUCUAACGUGCUUUGUUUAAUGUCAUUGCAGGUCUCUUUUUCAGACGCUUGUAUCAUGAGUAGCUGCAUUAGGCCCUCUGUACAAGGAAAGACAACUUCAGUUGUUCUCCUUCAUGGUUUUGAUAGAAUGCAGAUGUGUCUACCCAUUACUUGAAGAAGCUGGCAUAGAGAGUUGGGCCGCUGACAUUCUUGGUUGGAGUUUUUCUAAUUUAGAAUGGCUUCCAUCUUGUGAUGUGGCAUCUAAGCGUGAUCAUCUAUACCAGAUAGGUCGAUUACAUUGUCUAUUUCCAUCGUGGAGGGGUGCAACUCUUAGUUUCAUGGCAAGUGGAGGUUACAAAGUUACUUCUCUAAUAAAACAGGUCAAACAACGGGCACUUAUCAUUGGGGGUGAGGAUGAUCAGAUCAUUUCCUAUAAGCUUGCACAUGGUGAGCUUGCCAUGGCAUUCGGUGAUCUAUUGAGGGAAAUGUGGUCUUCUGGCGGACAACAAUCGCACCACGCCAUUUUAAAGGGAAACUUGCUUGCUUUGCUCUCCAAUUCAGUGGGUAUAAUCAGCAUGAUUCUCAGGCGGUGGCACAUGAUGUUCCCAGAGAUUCCGAUUCGGCACUGUGACGGAAAGUUCAAUUGUGCGGCGGAUAGUUUAACAAAGGCUUGUAGGUCCAUGGAUGAGGACUGUGUUGUAACCAGGAAUUUCCCCACCCCCAGUUGUUGUUUGGAACAUUUAACCUCAUUAUAAUAUUUUAAACUUUAGUAUGUAAACCUUGGCUACUUUGUUUACCAAAAUAAAAGUGUUUGUU